AUGGCUCGGGCUUCCGCAGCCUGCCAGAGAUGCCGUCGGAGAAAGCAGAAGUGUGACCUGAAGUAUCCAGAUUGCUCCAAUUGUAAACGCGCGGACAAGCCAUGUCUGACCUACGACGCGGCGAAGCAAGCAGAGGCACGAGAGAUUCCUCGCAACUAUGUGUCCCAUCUGGAAUCUCAGGUCCAGCAGCUGAAUCAGGAGAUUCAAGAAUUGCGACGCCAACAAGUCCAGCCAGCUUCCCUCCCCAGCCACCAAGAAUUCACGCCUGCUUCGAACGGAACAUCCACGCCUAGCGAAGAGCCCGCUGCCUAUGAACAUCUCCGCGAUCUGGACAAAAGUGUCAGAAACGUGAUAGUUGAUCCGUCCAUACAGCCACGCUUCAUAGGUCCGAGCAGCGGCAUCACACUCGCCAGGAUGGUCAUGGCAUCGAUCAAAAUCGACGCCUUGCCAUCAUCUGCAGGUACCUGCGAUCCGUCCUCACUCCAAGAACACUUCUCGACAGUAGCCGAGGCUUCCUCUCUUCCGCCACGUCACGCAGCAGACCACCUGGUCCAAGUGUACUUCCAAUACCGCACCCCUCAUCUGCCAAUCAUCCAAGCGGCUCAUGUCAAGAAAGCCAUCGACAAUGCAUUUGUCUGCACGAGCCGUGACAAUAGUGGAGUGAUAGCCGGAGGUGCCUCAUCCGAGAAAGAUCUCUUUAUUAGCUACAUGGUCUUCGCAAUCGCACUCUGUAACGUUCCAAGUCCUACUGGUGGAACAGGCCGGCCUCUGCAAAGUGAGGGCUGCUUCCGCUCGGCGAUCAAAUGGAUUGAAAAUGUCAUUGUUUUCUCCAAAAGUGAUAUCGAAACUCUCCGGGCCGUGCUACUCCUGGCUCAAUUCGCAUCUAUGUGUCCUUGGCGUGGAAGUCUGUGGCACUUGACUGGGAUCGCCUUGCGCUUGUGUGUCGACAUGGGAUUGCACUGGGAGAUUGAUGAACAGGCCUUAAUACUGAGUCAAGAUCUGCUUUAUGAGCGCCGGCGCUUGUGGUACUCAGCGUAUCAAUUCGACCGCGUCUUGGGCAUCACCCUGGGAAGGCCAUUCGGAAUUACUGAUGAGAGUACCCGAGUCCCUCUUCCCAAUCCAUGGUCGGUAUCUCAGAAGUCCCUUAGCAGCCACGAGGCCAUCAAAGAUUACGACACUCACCACCAACGAGCACAUAACCACCUUUUCGCCAUGUCACAGCUCGAGUCUGAAAUCAAGCAUGUCCAGCAAAGUCAGAACUGGCCCUUGAAAAUCGCCCAUCCCAAACCUAAUUACACGGCCUGGGUCCAGGACAUUCAACCUCGUCUUCAAGAAUGGUUCAGCACGAUUCCCGACCCUAGUCUCGCCCAUCCUAUGUCCAUCUUCGCCAAUCAAGCAUAUUGGGACGUGCUUUACAAUAACGCCAUACUACUCCUCCACCGCCAGAACUCGACCACGCAGACCUCUUCUGCCGAGUCCCUAUCCAUAUCUUUCGACGCCUCCAAUGCCCUCAUUGUCAAUAUCAAUCUACUCCAACGCGAUGGUCGCCUCGAUGUCCUUUGGAAAUCCGUCCACGACCUCUUCAUGGCCGGCCUCACCAUCAUCCUCUGCGUUUGGCAAUCAACCUCCAUCCGCUUCUCCCAGCCCGCCAGCAAGAUCAUAGCUUCCCUCAAGUCCUGCACAUCAACCCUCUCCGCCAUGUCCGUGAAUUUCCCCGGAGCGAUAGGAUGCCGAGAUGCCUUCGAUUCACUAUCCGCCGCAACGAUCGAUUGGCUACUAACAAGCGCAAGCAAUGUCGAGGAAACGACUCGAAGUAAAGACAGAUUCCAGAAGCAAGUCAGUGAUCUCCUCCAGCGGUUGGAAAAAGGAGCAGCAACACACCCGGGCUUCAGGCAGAGUUCCCGCGGAAUUCAGAUUGGAUCGACAAAUGAUAUAUCGAUGAUGCUAGGUGGUGACGGUCUUGCACUUGGAGAGAUGCUAAGCUUAGCCGCGCAGUACCCUGAUCUGGAGCAUGUCAUGGGCUUCGAUGGUGCUCUGAGGGGCUUCGGGACUAAUCUAGAGACGUAUUCCUUCUAA